GAGGAUGGCGAAGCAGCAAGAGUGGUCCACUCUUUAUUACGAUGCAGAUUUGAGUUUAUGUCACACUAUGGUGGUACCCCUACUGGAUACCGAGAGUGCUCCGCACUGGUUUGCGGCGAAUGUGAGCAUGGUUAAUACAACAGUGGAAAUUAGGGACUCGUUGUCUUCUGCAAUGCAUAAGAGGUCACGUCGGAGCACCUGCGUAGAGAUGCUCCAGACUUUGGACCAAUUGUUUGCCCCUGUCAAGCUAGGAGACCUGAAUUUCAGCGAGUUUGUAAUUAUUUCUUCAAGCAAGGACUACCCACAACAACAAAAUGGCCACGAUUGUGGAAUGUUUGUAAUGAAGUACAUGGAAUCACUGUUCGAGGAAAAUGAAAUAUUGGAAGAGUUUGAUCCUAUUGAAGCCAGACUGGAUUGUGUUGGGAAAAUUGUCACCCACGAGAGUAACAAGGCUAAACAUGCUGUGAUGGAGGGAGUUAAGAAGCAAUUUGGAUUGAGCAAAACCAAAGUUCUUCCAUCAACAUCUACAACUAUAGCAUUACGUAGUCCAUCAAGGUCUCCUCGAGACCCCCGAUUCAGCACAGCGAAGGCCAGGUCCGAAAACAUGUGGACUGGCAAGAGCAAGUCCCCGAAAACACGUCAUUCUAAAAGGCUGGCCAUAAGUAACAAGUAGUAUAUUACAAUGAUUACAAAAGUAAAAGUUACUUUAUUUAUAUAUUUACUAUGUUCAGUACAAUGGUUACAAAAGUUAGGUUUUAGGUCGUAUUUAGUCAGUCAUGUUAUAUACUUGCAUCAUACUACUGUUAGGUGAUUUGGAAUUGCACUAAUGUUGGUGAUUUUAUAAUUUACUAUAGGGUAAGACUUGUGGUAGUUUUUAGAAUUUGGUGGAACUGAUUAUUAUUAUUGUAUGGUCAUUAUUACUAUUAUUGUGAAUAUUAUUUCGGUUGUUAUACUUUGCCAUUACUA